GAAAGUAUAAGGAUUACAAAACAGAAGGAGUGAGUUUCUUGUUUUCCAAGCUCCUAUUAUUCCUCUCUUCGUCUCUCGUCUAGUACUUCUUUCUAGUUCCCUUUAGAAAUUAAACUACAUUUUGCGUCUCUACUUCAUCCUACUCUACCAAUAUUUUCUCUCUCCUCUCUCCAAAUCUUCACCUCAUCCCUAAUUUGUUUCUGGUGAUGGCGACUAACGAGGCUAAACCAGCUACUGAAGAAGCUAAGAUGGAUCUGUUUGAAGAUGAUGAUGAAUUCGAGGAGUUCGAAAUUGAUCUUGAGUGGGACAACAAGGAAGAAGGCAAGGAGGUGACACAACAGUGGGAAGACGAUUGGGAUGAUGAUGAUGUCAACGAUGACUUCUCUCUGCAACUUAGGAGGGAGCUUGAGAGUAAUGUUGCUGAAAAGAAAUGAAUCAGUUGAUGAUGGCUGUUGGUUAUUUCAAUCCAUGUAUCAUCUUUUUCGAAAUUUAAGUUGAGGUGCCUUUUAUCCCUGUGGUAGUUUUCAAAAUACCUUAAACUUUUAUUACGGGCAUUGUGGAAUUCUGCUAAUGAAAUUGGAGUGGCAGAAGAUAGUUGAUCACGAUAAUCUUGUAGUUUAGGAACAUAAGCAUGUAACAUCUAUGGACCCUUGUGAUUAGUUGAACCUGUUUCCUUCUCGUAUUUUUCGGCAGUGUUUGGCUAGGCUCUUGCUUUGCUUUUCAAUAUUGAAACUUGACCAUAUGUUUCCUAAAAGUAUUGAUUUCAUUAUUUUUAAUUGCACUAUUCUGGACUUUCACUAUUCA